AUGUUUGUCCUCAAGGUGGUGCUGAAAGCUCUGGAUCCUGUCUUUGAAAUAGAAAACCCAUAUGCUCCCAACAUUCAAGAGCUGAUCACGUUGACCAAUAUUCGGGUGAACUUCACUCAUCUCUUCACACUUGGCGACACUCAGCUGAUCCGUAAACGCAGGAACCCGCAGGAGAAGUAUUACUACGCACUUUACAACAUGGUGGUUCAGGGGAGCUGCUUCUGUAAUGGACACGCCAGCCAGUGUGUUCCUGCGAACAGAGGACGAGGAGAUGUGUUCACUCAGCCUGACAUGGUUCAUGGUCGAUGUGUUUGCCAGCACAACACAACUGGAGAAAACUGUGAGAGGUGUCUGCAGUUUCACAAUGACUCCCCAUGGAGGCCUGGAGGAGAAAGCACAGCAAACAUCUGCAGACGCUGUUAUUGUCAUAGUCACUCAGACUCGUGUCACUUUGAUGCAGCUCGGUACGAAGCAACCGGUGGUGUCAGCGGUGGUGUGUGUGAUGACUGCCGCCAUGACAAGACUGGGCCUCAGUGUGAACGCUGUAGACCUUUCAUGUAUCAAGAUCCACAGCGAGGGCUGGAUGACCCUCAUGCCUGCAUACCAUGCGACUGCAACCCGGCUGGUUCUCUUAGUGGCGGUCUUUGUAAUGCAUUGAGUGGACAAUGCUUCUGCAAAGAAAACGUGGAAGGUCAGCGCUGCGAUAGAUGCAGACAGGGCUUCUUUGGCCUGAGGCACGAGAACCCAACUGGCUGUCAAGAGUGUGAGUGUCAUAGCUUAGGAAGUGUCGGGUCAUGUGAUCCACUGACAGGAAGUUGUGAAUGUGAGCCUUUGGCAAGUGGGCCGCUGUGCGAUCAGUGUGUGGCAGGUUUCUGGGGUUUGGGAAACUCUGUGUUCAGAUGUUCGCCCUGUGACUGUGACAUUGGUGGAGCUCUCAACAACAUGUGUUCUUCGGAGGUUGGACAGUGCCAUUGUUUACCCAACAUGAUUGGUCGGCGCUGCUCUGACCCUGCACCUGGAUAUUUUCUGCCUCCUCUGAUCUUCUUUCUGUAUGAGGCAGAACUUGCUGCCCCACUGUUAAGAGGAAUUUCUUCUUCUCCUCCUCCUCCUCCUUCACCCCCCUCUUCUUCUUUGGUGGAUCCAGCCCUUUUACCUCCAUGUGAGCAAUACUUUAGAAGCCAAGGCUUUGACUUUCAACUUUCCAAUGGAAAAGUGAUUUUGAUUCGAAAGACUCGACACAUCAGACACCGAAGUCUGACAAAUAAUGGCAUCCCACUGGACCCAGGUCACACCCUGCAGAUCAUUCCCCAGCUGAGAUUUGCUGGUCAGUCAGAAACUUCGACUGGUCUUGGAUUUGUCAAAGUGACGGAUGGGGAGGGGCUUAUAUUUACUGUAGAUAACCUGCCAUCAUCCAUAAAGUACAAGCUGGUGAUCCGCUAUAAACCACAGUCUCUUUCUGAUUGGCUGGCUGCAGUACACUUCAUCACGCUGUCAUCAGGUGAUGGAGGCUGCAGCGACAACCUAACAAGACGCAAAACACUGAUUCUCCCUGGAAAAUCCAGAUUAAGUAUUCUGGACUCUGGGAUUUGUCUGAAUGCAGGAGGUCAUUAUUUGGUGAAGAUUAUUUUUCAUAAACAGCCAGGAUCUGACAGUUUGCACAUCCUGAUAGACUCGAUGGGACUGAUCCAGAGCACCGAGUCAGUUCAGGACUUCUGCUCCCAGAAGAAAGUAGACUCUUUCCAUCUUUUUCGCUGCAUUGGAUUGACUGCCAGUCCUGGUUCUCAAAAAUCAACUCAAAAAAUAUGUGAAGGCUUAAUCAAGAAUCUGUCAGCACAAAUACACAAUGGAGCCAUUGCUUGCAGAUGCAAUGCCAUUGGUUCUCUUGGACCAGCUUGCAGUAAGCUGGGUGGGUUCUGUGAAUGUAAACCUAAUGUGAUUGGUCGGUGCUGUGAUUCCUGUGCACCUCUGACGUUUGGACUCGGACCUGAAGGCUGUAAAAGAUGUGAAUGUGAUCCUCAAGGCUCAGUGUCAGAGAUGUGUGAUCAACAAAGUGGUCAGUGUGCAUGUCAACCACAUGCAAUGGGCCAACGCUGUGAUCGCUGUCAGCCUGGGUUCUGGGGUUUCCCACUGUGUCAACCAUGUGAAUGUAACAACUUGUCAGAGAUGUGCGAUGGAGAGACAGGAGAGUGUCAGAACUGCAGGGACCACGCCACAGGACCAAAUUGUGACAGGUGUGAGAAUGGCUACUAUGGCAGCCCCGUCACCAGAAAGUCUUGUCAGCCUUGCCUGUGCCCAGACGUUCUGAGCAGUGGACGAUAUUUUGCUACUUCCUGUCAACACGAUACACAAUCACUCAGAGUGAAAUGUUACUGCCAGGAGGGGCACACAGGUGCACGCUGUGACAGAUGCAGACCUGGUUACUAUGGUGACCUGACAUUGCCAGGUGCCCAUUGUAAGUUGUGUCCUUGCAACAACAACAUCGACCCGGAAGAUGACGAAGCCUGCAACAGCUUGACUGGAGAAUGUCUGCACUGCCUUUACAACACUAUGGGACCACAAUGCCACCACUGCAAACCUGGUUACUAUGGCAAUGCCCUACAACAGGAUUGUAAAGAAUGCUCUUGUGAUUUGCGGGGAACCAAGCCAACACUGUGUCCUCUGGAAGGUCCUUGCUUCUGCAGUCCAAAAACUGGACAGUGUCCCUGCAGGACGCGGGUGAGGGGAGAUCUCUGUGAUGAGUGUGAGGACGGAUUCUGGAAUCUGUACGGAGCUUUGGGAUGUCAGCCCUGCAGCUGUGAUCCUGUUAACUCCAUCUCUAAUGUUUGCAAUAAGGUGACGGGACAGUGUUUGUGUCGUCCCGAAUUUGGAGGGAGACGGUGUGAUGAAUGUGGAGAAAAUCAUUUUGGGAAUCCAGACAUACAGUGCAUCACCUGUGACUGUAACCUGGAAGGAGCUGAGCAUCCAUCAUGUGACCCUGAAACUGGCGAGUGCAUUUGUCGUGUUGGAGUCGCUGGUGUCUUCUGUGAUGAGUGCGCCCCAGGUUACUCCAUGUUUCCAGUCUGCAAGAAGUGCCACCCAUGCACUGCCCUGUGGACUGAAAAUGUCACAGAUGUCCAGAAAGCAGCUCAGAGGAUGAGGACUUUCAUCCCUCACCAUGGCAACAACCAACAGACCAGAAACAGUCGCCACAGGCAAAUGAUGCUAGAUCUGCACUCCAAGCUGGACAGCAUUAGAAACCUGACAAGUCUCAGCCUGCCAGAGGUGGAAAAGAUGGAGAAACUUUUCCUGAGAAUCAGGAAGCUGAAGGAUGCCGUUGACACCAACAUAAUUCUGAUUGACCCAUCUAUGCUCUUCCACACUGAAAUUGACAACAUUCUUCUGGAGUUUCAGAAGCUGUUGAAAAACCUAAAGGAGAAAUUCAUCAAGGAUCCAAAUAUGAAAGAAAAGCCUCAAGUAGAAGAGCUGCUGAAUGAGAUCCAGAAGCUUCAUAAAACCUUUCUGUCAGAUGAGAAGAAGGUGAGAAGCUCCACCAAAGCUGUAGAAGACUCCAUGGACACCAGACAGAAAGUCAAACACAAACUGGACACGUGCAAAUGCAGCGGAAAUUUGGCAAUGCUGAAAAAGAAGGUCAAAAAGCUCAGUGUGGUCAAACUCAACCAAAAGAUCUGUGGAGGACCAGAUCUGGACGACUGCUCAGAAUGUCAUAAAGGAACAUUCUGUGAUGGAGUAGUUCCUGUAGCCCAGAAAGCAUCUGAGACGGCAAAGAAAGUAAAAGAGCAACUUGUCAAGCUCCCGUCAGAACUGCAGGAGUCCAAGAAUAAGAUCAGUGAUGUCAGACAGCUGGCUCAGGACACCAAGGAUCAGGCCAGAGACAUGCAGCAGCAGAUCCGCAGCAACACUGGACCUCUGGAGGCAGAGACAAACAAAACCAGGGAGCUGCUCCAGCGAGUCCGACACUACCUGAUGGAUGAAAUGGUUCCUACAGAAGACAUUGAGAAAAUGGCAAAAGCUGUUCUGAGCAUCCAGUUACUGCGGUCGCCUGCUGAGGUCCGAUCAACGAUCAACAACACCACCAGAGUCCAGGAUGAUGUGAAGAAUCUGGAGGAGGAAGCCAGGACUGUCCAGGAGCUGCUGCAGCGAGCUCAACAACUCAAGGAGAAGACUAAAACCAUUGACGCUGACGCCAUCGGCAGAGACGUUUCUGCAGCAGACAGAGCUGUGAAUAAAGCCCACGACAUCCUGACAGCAGCUGGGCGAGACAAAGUCCAGGCCCAAGACCAAAUAAAAGAUGUUGAAGAUAAACUGGACCACAUAGAGACAAAGCUGAUGAACCAGUCUGAAGAUCUACUAAAAGACUAUAUAACUCUAAAAAAUAAAACUGAACAAAACAGAGCGAUGGCCAGAGAAGCCAGGGAGGCUGCAGACAUCGCUUUAAACAUUACUGAUCAAAUGGACCUGCAGGACAUCAUGACGCAGUUUGAGAUUUUAAAGCAAAAACACACAAAUGCAACAGUUGAGGAUGAAGCUGCAGAUCAACUGCAGAAAAUCUUAAAGGAGGCUAAAGACAUGCAGACACAAGUGGAGGAGAAACUCCAACAGAUGACAGAUUUGGAGCAGAAGAUCCAGCAGCUGCUUGACUUAAAGAAACAAAAAGCAGCAGAAGUGUCUGGGUUGUUGGGGACGGUGGAUUCACUGCAGAAGGAAAUUGUCACUCAAGCUGAAAGAUAUCAAACCUGCAGCUCCUAAAUACAGCAGACACCUAAAUGCUCAAAUCUAGUAAUGUUUCUGCUUUAAUGUCUAUGACUGUCUGAAAAUGUUACAAUGUUUAAAUGUUUU